CUUCGUGGAGCUCACCUCCGAAGUCAAUCUCCAACAAGACGGUCUCCUCUCCCUCCCCCGCCUCUCGCACACCUCCUCCCACAACACCCCACCCUACGAUGCAGGACCAGCCGAAGUCGUGCCGUCCGACUCCUUCGAGGAACGGAACUGUUCCAGCAGCACCGCCGGAUCCCUCAGGCAACCGCGCAGCUUGCGUCGCCCGGAGGAUGUGCGGCGGCGGCGGCGUACCCCCGUCGGCGUCUCCGCAAGUGAAUGGGGAGACGCGGACGGACGUGUCGGUGCCGAUGAUGAAUAUCGUGAUCCAGAUCGUGGGGAGUCGCAGGGACGUGCAGCCGUUUUCGGCGUUGACGAAGGAGCUGCAGACUUAUGGACAUAGAGUGCGGAUAGCAACGCACGAGACCUUCCGCACGUGGAUCCGCCGCUACGAGGUCGAGUUCUACCCGAUCAGCGGCGACCCUGCGGUGCUGAUGGCCUUCACGGUGGAAAACAAAGGCCUACACCCAGCUAAGGGGGAUAUCGGCUCGAAGCGGAAGAUGAUUCGGGAGAUUUUGAGAGGGUGUUGGAAGAGCUGCGGGGAGGCUGAUGACGAGACGAGCGAACCGUUCCGCGCGGCAGUGAUCAUCGCCAAACCCGCCUUCGUUCGGGCACAUCCACUGCCCCGAAAAGCUCGGCAUCCCGCGGCACAUGUCGUUCACGGUUGCCGUGGGGUGCGCACGAUCUCGUUCCGCGCACCCACAUCGAGCACAGCGAGCCCGUCCACAAGCUCGUCAACAGGAUGAGCUACGGAGUUCGCGGAUACGGUGACGUGGUUGGGAGUCGGGGAUGUGAUCCAUGAGUUUAGGAGGGAGGUGCUGGCGUUGAGGGGGUUGAGCGUGCAGCAGGGCACAGAGACCGUCGAGUAGUUGCAGGUGCCGUGGACGUCCUGUUGGAGUCCGAGUUUGAUUCCGAAGCCCGUGGAUUGGGGGCCCGAAUAUCGUUUCUUUUCUCAUUGCGACGAGAUACGUAGCAAUCACCGGCUUUUACUUUCUGGACCAAGCGACUCCCCCCCCCCCCCCCCCCCCCCCUAAGUGGUGCAUCAUGGAGGGGCGGGGACGCUGAGUGCGCGGUUGAGG